AUUUGUUUAGUUCCGCCGGACCAAACAAAGCUCCGCGAGGGACUGAAAUUAAUCUUUGUAUCUUUCCUAUUGCGUUUGAAAAUCUCAUUAUCAUUAAAAGAGUAAUUCUUGUUGAUUUCGUAGCGUAAAUUAUUUUGUACAUAGUUUUUUUUAGCGCUAUCACUAGUCCGCGCUGUAGGACUGAUCAUUUCGCAACAACAUCACAGCAACAGCAGCAGCAGCAGGAGGCACGUCUCGCCAACUCACCGCCACCUCUUAUCACCAAAACAACGAAAACACCGGCGUCCGACCUUAAAAAAGCAAAAUGGAAAACCCUACGCUUUAAAAAAGACUUGGAGAGCCUGGACGACAGGGUGGUUCCUACUCUGAAAACCAUCUGAUGAGUAGAGGAGUGGGUUGAGCAAAAUACCAGCUCAUAUUAGAGUCUAGAAGCGUCUCUGUUCUUGUUUGUGGGUUCGUUGGUGAGCGGUGGAGCGGUCGACCCCCAGACGUGACGCCCCCUUGUGGACAUGUGUGCGAUGCGCGUGGACGCCAAAGUGGUGAUGCUGGGGAAGGAGAGCGUGGGAAAGACCAGCCUCGUCGAGAGAUACGUGCACAACCGCUUCCUGGUCGGACCCUACCAAAACACAAUCGGAGCUGCUUUUGUGGCCAAAGCAAUUCAAGUCGGAGAUAAGGUGAUCACUCUGGGAAUAUGGGACACUGCCGGGUCAGAGAGAUAUGAAGCUAUGAGCCGGAUCUACUACAGAGGAGCGAGAGCUGCUGUCGUCUGCUACGAUUUAACAGACAGCAGCAGUUUCAGAGCAAAAUUCUGGGUAAAGGAGCUACAGAACUGUGAAGAGCACUGUAAGAUCUAUCUGUGUGGAACCAAAAACGAUCUGAUCCAAGGAGACAGGAGCCUGAGACAGAUUGACUUUCAUGAUGUCCAAGACUUUGCUGAAGAAAUUGGGGCACAACAUUUCGAGACCUCGAGUAAAACAGGAAACAACGUGGAUGAGUUGUUCCAGAAAAUUGCAGAAGAUUAUAAUGACUCAGCGUUACAGUUUAUGACAGAGGAGACAGGCGUGGACCUGGGUCAGAAAAAGGAUUCGUACCUCUACACCUGUUGCCACACCAACUGAAUGUACAAAGUUUUGAAUGCUGGGACAAUGAAUCAAGUCUGGACCCGAACCAGGUCUAAAACAGGACUAAACCAAGACUAAACCAGGUCUUAACUGAGACUUAAAGACUUGAAUGAACUCUGGUUUGUAUUUAAAACAUCAAAAACUGCACAAAAAACGAAACUGGAAUCUCUCAAAUUGAGCUGUGGACUUUGUUUUGAGGAAACUAAAAAAAACAAACAAACCAAAAGAGGGAAGAGUUUGGAAAUUUAUAAAGUUUACAGUGAAAUCUGCUGCCUGAGAAUGUUAUAGGAGAUACUGUUUUAUUUCUGAUCAACGCUGCAUUCAUUAUGUGCUAAAAUAAUACAAAGAACAAAGCUGACAAUUGUAAAGAUAUUUGCAAAUAGAGAUGUAAACUUGGCUUAAAAACUCUAUGUAACUUUUCUGGUGAGGGGUCCGCCACCUGCUUGUUUCCAUGGAGACGUUAUUGCUAUGACUUGAUUAUUCCACUAUCCAGCGUUGAACUUGUUUUAAUUUUUAUUUUAUGGUAAAACAAACACCCUAAAAUACACGCAAAUCAUAGACUGUAUAUAUAAAUGGACAUACCUAAUCACAGGAAGUGAGCAUGGGCGUGCUUCCGGCUCCAUCGGCUCUGGCUCCAGUUGUCUUUGUAUUAUAAAAACGUCCUCCUCUCCCCGUCUCCUUAUUUUAGUCUGAAAAUGAACCUGCUCUAUGUGAUCCUAGUGCUUUUAUUUUACUAUUUUUGUCCGUAAAUCAGGAUAUGAACACUCACCUCACUCCUGAUUGGCUCGUUAGUUGCUAUAAUACUCAAGAUCAGGAAUCCAGCCUUGAUGAGCUUCAUUUGACUGGAGCAGAACGUCACACUCCCUUAGUCCACUUCUUUAUACAGUCUGUGAUGCAUACCGUCUCCUCUCCACGAAUCUGACUUUAAACAGCUCUACUCUACAUUUAUUCAAUUACAAGUAGUUUUACAGCUCAAAAAUACCUGUAAAAACAGACAUUCUGGCACAUUUCCACACAUCUGACCUGUAAUUUGGUCUGGUUUGAUCUCGAAAGGUUUAAUGCCACACUGCGAAACAUCCCAGACAAAGCAAUAACAUUUCCAUGGAGAAAAGCAUUUGACGGACCCUCCACUAAAAAAGUUACCUAAUGCAGCUUUAACAUUUUUGAAAGAGGAAAUGUUCUUUUUAGAUUGUUUUAUAUAGUUUUCAAAUCUACAGGUACUGUCCUUUCUCUCACUAUUGUAUUUAUUUUAGGUUUUUUUAUUGUGUUUCCAUGGGGACACUGCUGCUGUUGCAGGUUUGACGUGCCAUUUGUUGAUAUAUUUGGAAGCACAAAGUUGUAUUGCAGUUUGAGUUUCUGAGACGAUGUUCAGAUGUGUUCAAAUUAAACUCAAAUGGAACUCUA